AUGACGCCCCUUCCGGACACGGAUCUAGCUUCCGGACUGGAUCUGUUGUUACACAGUAGUGUCUCUUCCGUGAUGAGUGCGGACAGUGCAAUCCACAGUUGGCCCGGCUCCUACUACCUGAACAGCGAGAAGCGAUGGGAGGUCGGUACUUUGUCGCUCACUCGGACCACUGUGCGCUUCGUCUCUCACCAGAGCAAAGAAAGCCUGGCCAGCUUUCGUCUCUCCAGAAUCGUGGAGAUAAAGAUGGAGACUUCUAGCUUCAUCUUCAGCACUCUCACCGUGCUGGAGGAGGGCAACGUGAAGCACUGGUUCGGCUCGCUCAAACCCAACAGGCUGGUGGUGUACAAUGUUUUGGAGCAUUUUUGGAGAGAGCGCUUGCUUUCUUCGAACAACUCUGAGACUCGGGGAGCGGAGAGCCAGCCGACCAAAGGCAGACAGCUAAUAAAUCUGGUGUCAGGGGCCCAGAGACGGCUGGAGGACACGGGGAUGGUUCUGAGUCAUCAAGGAGAGCAGUUUGAUAACAUGAUGCAGGGGCUGGAGAAGAUGGACUCGGACCUGGGCGUGGCUGAUAAACUCCUGUCCGAGCUGGAGUUGCCGUCGUGGUGGCCUUUCGGCAAACUUCCCUGGAAGCUGCAGCAAGAGGCCAAGGCGGAGGACGCGGCCCGAGCGGCGAUCACGGCGGCCGAGGCAGCAAACAAAACCAGGAACCGGGUCAUCAGCAGCAUCCCGGCCGUGGUGUCGAAAGGCCCAGACUCCGACCUCAGACCGGGCUGCCUCCUGGUGCUCGUGUCGUCCGUGGAAGUGCGGGACACAAGCUGCGCUCUGCUCCACCGCUUUGAACGCAACGAGGUGGACGAGAUCCGCGUGCACAGCCCCUACGAGGUCAGCGUCAGGCAGAGGUUCAUCGGGAAGCCGGACAUUUGCUUCAGGCUUCUGUCGGCGAAGAUGCCCGAGGCCAUGUCUGUGCUGGAAAUGCAGUACAAGAAGAAAGUGGUGUUUAGUCCCGAGUACAAUGUGUUUAAAGCUUCUCCGCUCACGUCUCCCACCGACGCUCACGACGCCCUGCAAGGUCUGAGGGGCCAAGACUUGGAGCUGCCCGGGGAGGUCCCAGCCGGAGGAGGACUGUCCCAGCUGCAAGUGCAUGUCCAGCAGCAGAGCGUGAGCCAAGAAGAGGCCCAAGAGCUCAAGCAGAUGCUGCUGCAGCUGAAGAGCCUGGCCCUGGAGGCAGAGACGGAGCUGGAGCGGCAGGACGAAGCUCUGGAUGUUCUGACCAACUCUGCAGACAGGACCACCAUGCAGAUAGGCAAGCACACCAGCCGCAUCAAGAGGCUACUCUGA